UGACAAGUGAGUCAACAUCUCGUAAAUGCAGUGUUAUUUAUUUCGAGAUUUUAAAUUAAAUUGAAUAAAAUCUCGAAACCAUGGCUUAUUUAACUCAACCAGAUUAUGUGAAAUAUGUUUGCUCUUGCGGGCAGUUGAAACCAAUAACGAAUCUAUAUUUUUGCCGACACUGCUUGAAAAUACGAUGCGGUUUCUGCAUCUGCCAUGAAGUUGACUCCCACUACUGUGCGAACUGUCUGGAGAACAUGCCAUCAUCUGAAGCGAGGCUGAAGAAGAACCGCUGCAGCAGUUGCUUUGACUGCCCCAGCUGUUUCCACACCCUCUCGACACGGGCCACGUUCGCGCAGCCGCGGCCGGACCCGGCGGCUGGGGAUGCCAAGGUGGAGAACAAGCAGGCCAAGAAGAUGUACUACCUGUCGUGUUUCAACUGCCGCUGGACGUCGCGUGACGUUGGCAUCCCUGACCAACCUGUUGCUUCAGGAGGUUGGCCGGAAAGGAACAACCCGUUCUCAGCACGCAUCAACCAGCUCCUUGACUACUAUAAGGCUAUAGCGCAGCAGGAGAAACAGGAGAAACUGGACAGAGAGCGGAAGAAGUUCGCCAUCAGAGGGAAAUACAUCACUCUCACUGAUAAAACAGGGUUGACUGGUGCGAUGGCUCGCAACAUAGCAGGACUACCGUCCAGUGAAAGCUCUUCCUCAGCCAUCGCCAACUUCGUGCCCAGCGUGGCUAGCGCUGAAGUUGAGGAGUUGCCAGAGGACUACCAUCUGAAGGAGGUUAACUUGAAGCAGGUGACAACAAUGGCCCAGCGGCUGGCUUCGCCCGAGUGGCAGCCGACCAGCGUGUCGCGCCUGCACCCGGUCGCGCGGCCGCUCAGCGUCAAGCGCAGCCAGCGCUGCCGCGCCUGCGACCACAACCUCACCAAGCCCGAGUACAACCCCGGCUCUAUCAAGUUUAAGAUUGAACUGCUCGCAUUCUACCACGUGCCAGAAGUAAAGAUAAUAUCUUACGAGAGUGUGAAGCCGGGCCAGACGUCAGCCUUGCUGCUGAAGCUGACGAACCCCACGGCGCAUGAGAUGACGCUGCGGAUCCUGUCGCCCACGGACAAUACCGAAAUCAUUCCCGAAACUGAAGAAAGGGACGAGCCGAAGAGCAUCGAGAAAUCGCUGGAGAAAUCUCUUAAUUUGGAAAAGGACACGUCGUGGAGCAAAGUGAUCGAGAGGAAGCCGGCUCUGCCAGCGUGCAGCCAGAUUUGCGUUCCGGACGUGACUUUGACACUCGCUCAAAGAGACGACGCCGCCGAGUAUGACGACGAUCCCCAACACGAUACUAGCGACAUAAUCAUGUGGAGAAAGUCCAACAAGCUGGCCCUGAGACUGAAAGUAGCAACGGAUUCGACGGCCGAAGCGGGCAAGCCUGCGCUGGUGGCGCUCUCUCUACAGUACUCGUACCGCAACACCGUGCCGCCCUCGGCGCAGUCGCUGCAGCACAGGGACCACACGCUGCACACCACUGUGCUGCUCGACCUUGGCCUUGUCCGCGAAUAAACAGCUUGCUAACUCAAAUAAACAACUUCCACACUCAAAUAAACAGCUUUCAAACUCAAAUACACACCUUUCAGACUCAACUCAUGCUGAUUGGGGAGUCAGUUUAAAAUCUAUAGCAAAAUUUGUGUCGAUCAUAGAAACAAACAGAAGCGAGUUAAUAAAAACGUGUCAAAAUGAAACUUAUCCAUUUUGAAAUCAGAGAUGGCCGACGUAUUUUUCUUAGAUUGAAAAUAUGAAUUUAGUUUUCGAUUUGUUGGGGUGUCAAAAACAUGCAACAAACAGCAUGCAAAUUCAAAUAAACAGCUUUCAAAUUCAAAUAAACAGCUUGCAAACUCAAAUAAACAGCUUUCAAACUCAAAUA